AUAUAUCUGUUGAACGGAAACAAAAGAAUAAUCAGAGACAACCCAUAGCAUUGCCUAAUAGUAUAUUGAAGUUUACUUAGGAUCUACUAAUGGACAUAAAAUGACUGAAAAAUGGAUCCUAAUAGUGCUUUGUCUUGCUACAGUUUUCAGAUUCUCAGAAUCUUGGUGCCGACCAUUCGAGAGAGCAGACAUCUACUUUAUCAUGGAAAAUUCUUAUAGCACUGGCUAUCAAUAUGGAGAUUUCUACGACCAAAGGUCGCUCAUCAGCAGACUCAUCGGCAAACUUUACAUCAACCCAGACAACGGUUUCAGGAUCGGGGCCAUCACCUAUAAUGAAAACGCUGACCUUCAUUUCGACCUAAACGACUACACGACUACAUCCAGUAUACAAAGCCGAAUUAACAGUAUCGGCAGAGUGCGCAACUCAUGGAUAUAUGAAAAUGACACGGAUUACGCAUACAAGGGCAUUGAUAAAGCACAGACACACUUUACGUCGAGUUAUGGCGACCGCUCAGACGCCCCCAAUAUUUACUUUUUCAUGACAGACUAUCUUUUUUCAGUGGAUACUAGUGGCAGUACUUUGUAUAACAGAGCGUUAAAUCUGCGAAACGCUGGUGAGAACUAUUUUUGGGCGAUAGGCGUGCGCAGCACCACAGGACAGGUAGCUAACAUCGUGGGCUCUGACGGGGGCUAUUUUACCGGAAGUACAUGGGCGAGUUUGAACAGCGACACUUUCGCAGAAACCUUUUACCAACAGUUCUGCAGAUGUCCGACCGUAGAUCCGGCACCCUCAUAUUACUUUUGCUACCGACCCAAUUUCUUAUACUACGAAGACCCGGCUCAGGCAACAUCCUCAACGGAAGUGUGCGAAACGGAGACAGGUGUGAUGUACUUUAUGGAUGACGAUCUGUUCCAGAUUAAUUGCUGUGGCAUCAUAUCCGCCUGGGAGUUCUACCCGUGUGCUCUAGGCACCGUGGAAUUCAUGGUCUGGACGAAGAAGUCGGGAACAACAUACGAAUUGAAAGGCAUCAAUCGGGUGGAAAUCAUAGCGGAUGAUCUGACCGGGACAGUGGCGUCUGUGAACUACACGGUGCCUGAGGAGGAGAGAAUCACCAUAGUAGAAAAUGACAGGAUUGGCUGGCGAGUGGCUACACAGAAUAUCAUAUCGUAUCAAGCAUGCAACAUUCUGACGGACCGCUUCUGUCCACAAAAUGUCUACGCUACCAUUCAAUCAGACGAUAUCUAUGAAUACAUGCAGUUUGAUUGGUCGGUUAGAUACGAUAACGCAACCAAUACAAACGUCACAAAAAUUACUAACAGGGGCUAUACGUUGAAAGUGUAUGCGAAUAAUAAUACGGCUGUGGAGUUUGUGGAGUCGUUCUACCUCGCUUCCGCUGCGGAUCAUUGGCCAAUCGGAACGAGCUUUGUAUCGUAUGAAUUGACUGGUGUGGAUUACAAAGAAAACGUCACAUUUUCUUGGCAACAACAAAACAACUAUAUUGCCCUCAAUGAGUCUUUCAGUUUUGUACAAGUUGCGAAGCAGCUGGAGCCCUCGGAAUCUACCCAGGGAUUGGCGGGAUAUCAAGCCAUCCUUAGAGUAGUGGACACGUGUCGCUGGACCUCCACGGCCACUUUCAGCGUCGAAACAUUCAAUGGGCCCCCAGUUAUCACGAAUUUUCCAAAGGAAAUGUCGCUGAUGGAGGACACUGGGGCCGAGUUAUUUGUGUACACUGUAGCCGUGUAUGACCCCACCGUGCCCCCUGAUCCCGUAUGUUGUACUUUAGAAAGCGUCCGCCCCCAAACCCAAAAUUAUGAGAUUCAACUCAUCAACGGCACGAAUUUUCUUCUGUUCACUACGGAGAAGCCGGUGUUCGAUUAUAAUUCUUGGAAUUCCUAUAUGUUGACUGUGUGCUGUGAGGACGGAUAUGGGACCGUGAAGGGAAUUCUAAAAAUAGACAUCAUUCAGAUCAAAGAGAAGAGCGUUUACGUACCUCCAUCAUGGUUUUACACUUCCGUCUUCGCCAGCCUCAUUCCAAUCGGCAUUAUGUUCCUCCUGGCCUGUUUUCUGUUGCUGGACACGAUGUUUUGCAUGUAACUGUUAAAUUACAAUGUUAAUCAAGUAAUAAACUAUGCACGCAUGUACCUCC